AAAAACAUCAUUUAUAAUAAAUGAUAAGUCUUUAAAAUCGCUUUCCAACCCCCAUGAAAGUUGGAUGUUAGAGAAAAGAAGCUUCAUUCAGAAUAAACGGAAAUCUUUCAAAUCGCUUUCCAACUCCAUGAAAGUUGGAUUUUAGAGCUUCACUGCAUUGAGGAUUUUCUCGAGAAAGUUACUAAAUUUUCCACAGAAAAAUCGAACAACGAAAUGAUAAUGAUCAGACAAAGAACGCUAGCUAAAUCCAUCAUAACCCAUUUUCGUUCCAUAAAAUUCGAGUCCACCGAGUCCACACAAACCAACUCAAUCUCACCGGUGAAUUCAGCCCACCUUCUCCGAGUCUGCACAAUCCUCUAUCAGCAACAGAACUCGCCCGAGUCACGACUCCACUCAAACCUCAAUUCCUGCGAUUUCCAACUCAACCACGAAUUCUUCCUCCAGGUCUGCAACUACUUCCCUUUAUCAUGGCGACCCCUCUACCGCUUCUUCAAAUACACCCAAACCCACCCGCAUUUCGUCCACACCACGGUUUCGUUCAACAAGAUGGUCGAUGUGAUCGGCAAAUCCCGAAACAUCGACCUCUUCUGGGAAAUACUUCACGAGAUGGGACGUCGUCGUUUGGUGAACGAUCAGACUUUCAGGAUAGCUUUGAAGACGCUCGCUAAAGCUAGGGAGUUGAAGAAAUGCGUGGAGUUUUUUCACUCCAUGAAUGGGUAUGGAUUCGACUACAGUUUGCAGACUUUGAACAGGGUCGUCCAGACGCUCUGUGGGUGUAAACUAGUUGAGGAAGCUAAAUUUGUGGUUUUCAAGCUCAAAGAUUGGAUUAAGCCUGAUGUGUUUACUUACAAGUAUUUGAUCGAGGGGUUUUGCGAUGUGGGUGAUCUGAUUGAAGCUUCGAAAGUAUGGAAUUUAAUGGUGGACGAAGGUUUCGAACCAGAUACCGAAGCCGUUGAGAAAAUGGUGGAGACCCUUUUCAAGAUAAAUCGAUACGACGAGGCUAUGAAACUUUUCCAGGCGAUGAGAUCCAAGAGAAUGGAAGAUCUGGGGCUUUCAACUUACAGACUUGUGAUAAACUGGAUGUGUCAAAGGGGCAAGAUUGCUCAGGCCCACCUAAUGUUUGAAGAAAUGCGCAAGAGAGGUAUCGCAGCUGAUAAUUUGACAUUAGGAUCGCUACUUUAUGGGCUUCUAGCAAGAGGCAGAGUGAAUGAAGCUUACAAGGUUUUUGAAAGGAUUGAGAAACCAGAUAUAAAUAUAUACCAUAGUUUGAUCAAGGGGCUUCUGAGAUUGAGAAGAGCCAGUGAAGCGACACAAGUAUUCAGAGAGAUGAUAUCGAGAGGUUGUGAACCUAUAAUGCACACAUAUAUAAUGCUAUUGCAAGGACAUUUGGGGAAGAGAGGAAGGAAAGGAUGUGACCCACUCGUGAAUUUUGAUACUAUUUUUGUUGGUGGUCUUGUCAAGGCUGGGAAGUUAUUAGAAGCUACGAAGUAUGUUGAGAGAACACUGAAAAGUGGAGUUGAGGUACCUAGAUUUGAUUACAAUAAAUUCUUGCAUUAUUAUUCAAAUGAGGAAGGUGUUUUAAUGUUUGAAGAGGUAGGGAAGAAAUUAAGAGAGGGUGGGCUGGUUGAUUUGGCUGAUAUUUUUGAGAGAUAUGGUGAAAAAAUGGCAACCAGAGAUAGGAGAAGAAAUAGAGUUUUGUAGAAAAUUUUAACAUUAAUGAGACAGAAUUUUCCUUAUACAAAUCUUAGGAGAUAGAUUUUUGGACACUGAAUUUUUAUUUUAUUUAUUUUUUUU